CCCAGCGCUGCCCGCGCACCCCCCGCGGCCGCGCAGUCGGGUCGAGCGGGCUCCGGCGGCAGGGCAGGAUGGACCUGGCUGUGGACUUGUACCUGGCCGUCCCGCUGCUCUUCACCGUCCUGGCCAUCGUCCUCGCCUCCGUCUUCGUGAGGCUGCGGGGAGGCGGCGGCGAGCGGGCGGCGGAGCGGCCCCGGGAACCCGCGGCGGAGCCCGCCCGGGAGGGCGGCCCCGGGGGCGAAGCGGCGGGAGCGGCCGAGGGACCGGAGGACGAGGGGAGCCGGGUGCCGGUGGAGGAGGUCGGGGCGGGCGAGGAGGGGAAGGAGGCGGUCGCCCAGCAGCGGGAGGCGGCGGCGGAGCCGGGCCCCGCGGCCGAGCCCAGCCCCGCGGCGGCCGAGAGCAUCCUCCGGCAGGCUCCCCCAGAGCCCCGGCAGGCUCCCCUAGAAGCUCGGCAGGCUCCCCCAGAGCCCCGGCAGGCUCCCCCAGAACCUCGGCAGGCUCCUCCAGAGCCCCGGCAGGCGCCCCAAGAGCCCCAUCAGCCGCCCCCCCCGGAGCCCCGGCAGCCCGACCACCGAGAGGAUGCGGAGAGCAAGAUACCACCAUUGGGUGCCUCACCUGGAUCCAGCCUCGGGCACACAGGACAAGCAGAGGAUGUGUGUGGCCAUGCAACGCUUCCCAGCCAUGCAGAGGAGGAAGAGGUGGACUCAGAAAACGAGAAGCUGGUGGUGAGAGAGCCCGAGGAUGAGGAUGCUGCAGAUGAGACGUUCUCUUUUAAAUACAGUCCUGGAAAGCUGAGGGGAAACCAGUACAAGUCAAUGAUGUCCAAAGAGGAGCUCGAGGAAGAACAAAGGGUUCAGAGAGAGCAGCUGACUGCCAUCUUCACACUGAUGAAGGAAAAAAGUGACACGUUUGGAGAGAUGUCUGAAGGAGACAUGAAGGAGCAGCUUAGACUGUACGAUAUAUAACCUUGCAGCCAGGGAAGGAUGUGCCCAAAAGCUAUUUUGGCCCUUAUUAUGCAGGACGCUGCAGGCUGUAGUGCUUUAAACAUGUCUCGUUAGUUAUUUUGCAGUUCCAGAUUGUUUAGCAAACACAUACAGGCCGGUGAUGUGUAUUUCAAAGGGCUUGUAAUUCCUUACCCUUUUUAUCUUUUUUUUUUUUUCUUUUUUUAAGAUCUCUCACAUUAUUUUCAUCUCGUACACAGAUUUUUUUUUUACCUCUUUCUGGCUGGGUCACAUGUCUCAGUCAUACAAAGCAGUUAAACUCACAACUUUUUUCUGGCCAUGCUUUAUGCAAAUGAACUUUCAAGCCUAGUCUUUAUCAGUUUGAUAUCUGAAGAAAGCCAAAGAUGUUAGAUGCAAAAUGGAUGAAAAUAGUAGAACCGUAGAAUAACUGAGGUUGGAAGGGUUCUAAGGAGGCCUGUAGUCCAGCCUCCUACUCAAAGCAACAUCAGUUAUGAGACCAAGGCAGGUUACUCAGGGGUUUAUCCUGUUGGGUCUUGAAAACCUCCAAAGACGGAGACUGCACAACCUCUCUUGGCAGAGAGGCUUCCAAUCCUCCAGUUAGAAAUCAAAUAGCCAAAGGCAAGGCAUCAGUGCUCUGAUUAGGGGUGUGUUGCUGUUCUCAUCUCCUUGGAAGGAACCCUUCAUCCUCCUUCACGCUGGCUUUUUGAAACAAAUCCAAGUCGGUUCCAUCUGACCUCGUUGAGCUCAUCUUCACGCCCGAGGAAGCAGCAGCAAACUUCAAGCUGGAAACACGAACACCUCUUCGCCUCCUGACGCUGGUAAAAGGAACAAAAAGAGGUGGCUGACUUUAUUACAAGAGUGAUUGUGUCCACCUCAGAUCUUGCUCUUCUAACGUAAAAUUGUGUGGGAAACUACAUACUUGGGAAAUCUCUGUGAAUUUAUCAAGUAUUUUCAAGUUUUGACCAACACUCAGUGGUUUGAAUAGAGUAAAUCAAUGAGCAUUCCUAAUUACAGCUAAAUGUCUUCUGGUGUACUUAUCUCUCCUAUGAAAUCCUGUUAAAUACUUUCUUAUCAGGAAGGAUUUUCUCAGUUUUAAUAAUUGCUGACAAAGGAAGGCAACAUUUUUUGACCUAGUUGUAGGGAAUGAUCUCUUAAAAGAUUAGGUUUGCUUUAUUUUGUGUAAUCCUUUAGAGUCUGAGAAACCUAAUAUCUCAUUAUCUGUUCACUAUCUCCCACUACAGCAUAUUCUAUAACAACAGACUAUUAAACUUUUAAGAAUUAUUUUAUCCUCUAAUUGUUUCACUUAGGUCAAGGCAUAUUUAUAAUGAGAUCCAAUGGUUUUCCUACCAGUUGUGACUUAAUCUAAAUUUAAUGUCUGAAAAUUACCUCUUCUUAUUCAAUAUGAAUGAAUGAAGUGGGAAAAGGAGUCCCAUGAUGUGAAACAUCAUGCUGGCUUGCUGUGGACAUGAUUUCCUUUGUCAAGCUGUGCAAAGGGAAAAAUGUAGAACGUUUGCAUAUGGGACUUUUCCCUAGUUCAAAGCUGAAAGUAGGAUCUUUUCCAAAGCUCUUUGUGAAAGCAACCAAAGGAGAGUUAAGGUUUAGUUGAUUUUUAGUCUUUGUCUUGUAGACUUUACAGUUUAUUUCCAAAAUAUUUUUGUAUUUCUUAUGUUAUGUUUGUGUCUUCUCUGAAUAGGAACAUUUCUGGGGAAUUAAAAGAAAAAUUCCUCAAACUUCUCCGCUUCACAUUAUGCCAGCAGUGGUAACGCUGCAUAAGGCAGAAUUCAAGGCUGGAAUUCACCCUGUCCUGCCCAUACCAGUUCUGAGCAGUGUCACCAAAAUAUUUAGAUGCAGUUGAUGACAGGACAGUGGUGAAGAUCUGUUAUUUACUAGCUCGAAUUUAGAAAGAAAUUAAGAUAAGUAAAAAAGCCUCUGCCCAAGACACGAAACAGAGGGGUUUCUAGAUGUGAAGCCCAUGGGGUUUGUAUGGUACAUUUUCUCUGUGUGCAUUGGCAAGGCUGUAAUAAAGAGGAGCCUGCUGGA